ACUUUUGCAGGGUCUCUACAGUCAUGUUAUACUCUAGCUCAAGUCAACCUGCAAUUUGGCUCAACAUUUGAGCUAAAAACAAUUCACAAUCCGCGGGGUUGUGUUGCAGAAAUCUUCCUUUAUUAUUUUCCCGUGGACUGAGCACGAAUUUGGAACCCUGGAUGGGAUUUUAGACAUGUUUUCUCACUAAUAAACUGGGCUAGUAAUGCAGGAGACAGAGACUCUGUCAGUGGCUCAAGAUGGCAGAUUUUUAUUGAGUUCUGAACAGAUAUCUUGCUUUAUUUUCUGCCAUGAAUAACAGAAGUCCUUGCACCGAUGGCCCCUGUGUACGAAGGUAUGGCCUCGCAAGUGCAAGUCUUGUCCCCUCACACUCUCCAGUCAAGUGCCUUCUUUAGCGUGAAAAAGCUGAAGGUGGAGAAGAGUUCAUACUGGGAUAUGACAGGGUACGGCACACACAGCAAAGUCGUCUACAACCAGAACAGCAAGCAGCAAUUGUCCCAAGCCACCUCUCUGGGAAUCAAUUCCUCUCUGCCCUACGAGCAGCCUGCGCUCAUCUUCCCGGCGAGUGCAGGGAAAAUUGUGGUUGCCUCGGCCAGCAGUACCUCAGGCACUGCAGGGCCUCUGGGGCCUCUGUUGAGCUUGGGCGGUAGCGGUAGUGGUGGCGGCGGUGGAGGCAGUAGCAGUAGCGGAGGAGGAAGCGGUGGAGCAGUCCACAACCUGACCCGUCGCAGCACCGUCAGCCUGCUGGACACCUACCAGCGAUGUGGGCUUAAGCGCAAGAGUGAGGAGCUCGACAACAGCAACAGCAGCGUGACGAUCAUCGAGGAGCACGGCGGCAGCACAACGAUGAUCCAGAACGCAGCCAGCGGGGCCACAGUGGCCAUUGCCACAGCAACGACCACAUCGACAGCCACCUCCAAGAACAGUGGUUCCAACAAUGAAGGGGACUACCAGUUGGUGCAGCACGAGGUGGUCUGCUCCAUGACCAACACCUACGAGGUGCUAGAGUUCUUGGGCAGAGGCACCUUUGGCCAAGUGGUCAAGUGCUGGAAGAGGGGCACCAACGAGAUUGUGGCCAUCAAGAUCCUGAAGAACCACCCAUCGUACGCGCGCCAGGGCCAGAUCGAGGUGAGCAUCCUGGCCCGGUUGAGCACAGAGAGUGCAGACGACUUCAACUUUGUGCGUGCCUACGAGUGCUUCCAGCACAAGAACCACACGUGCCUGGUGUUCGAGAUGCUGGAGCAGAACCUGUACGACUUCCUCAAGCAGAACAAGUUCAGCCCGCUGCCGUUGAAGUACAUUAGGCCAGUCUUACAGCAGGUGGCCACAGCCCUGAUGAAGCUCAAGAGCCUGGGCCUGAUCCACGCUGACCUGAAGCCAGAGAACAUCAUGUUGGUGGACCCCUCCAGGCAGCCCUACCGAGUCAAGGUCAUUGACUUUGGCUCGGCCAGCCACGUGUCCAAAGCCGUGUGCUCCACCUACCUGCAGUCCAGAUACUACAGAGCUCCGGAGAUCAUCCUGGGCCUGCCCUUCUGUGAGGCCAUCGACAUGUGGUCCCUGGGCUGUGUCAUCGCUGAGCUCUUCCUAGGCUGGCCCCUUUACCCAGGGGCCUCCGAGUACGACCAGAUCCGAUACAUAUCUCAGACACAGGGGCUGCCUGCGGAGUACCUCCUGAGUGCAGGGACUAAGACUACCAGAUUCUUCAACAGAGACACAGACUCCACCAACUACCCCCUGUGGAGGCUGAAGACACCAGAGGACCAUGAGGGAGAGACGGUGAUCAAGUCCAAGGAGGCCCGGAAGUACAUCUUUAACUGCCUGGAUGAUAUGGCUCAGGUGAAUAUGACAUCAGAUUUGGAGGGCAGUGACAUGCUGGCGGAGAAGGCAGACCGUAGAGAGUUCAUCGACUUGUUGACCAAGAUGCUUACGAUCGACGCAGACAAACGGAUCACCCCCAUCGAGACCCUCAAUCACCCAUUCAUAACCAUGACCCACCUCCUUGACUUCCCCCACAGCACACAUGUCAAGUCCUGCUUCCAGAACAUGGACAUCUGUAAGCGUCGUGUGGGCAUGUACGACACGGUCAACCAGAGCAAGACCCCUUUCAUCGCCCACGUGGCCCCCAGCACCUCUACCAACCUUACCAUGACCUUCAACAACCAGCUCAACACUGUGCACAACCAGGCCACCAACCUGGCUCCCUCCACCACCAGUACCACCCUUUCCCUUGGCAACCCCGAUGUCUCCAUAUUAAACUACCGAUCUGCACUCUACCAGCCCUCAGCGGUGGCACAGAGGAGCAUGCCCCUGCAUCCUGUGGCCCCUCAGCUCUGUGCUGCCCGGCCUGACCCCUUCCAGCAGGCCCUCAUUGUCUGCCAACCUGGCUUCCAAGGUAUGCAGGCCUCCCCGUCCAAACACACGGGCUACUCUGUGCGGAUGGAUAACGCCGUUCCCAUAGUGACGCAGGCCCCCGGCACCCAGCCCCUGCAGAUCCAGCCAGGCCUGUUGACACAGCAGGCCUGGCCCAAUGGCACCCAGCAGAUCCUCCUCCCCCCCGCCUGGCAGCAGCUCACCCACACCUCAGUCCAGCACGCCACCGUCAUCCCUGACUCCAUGACGGCCUCCCAGCCCCUGGCUAACUGGAGGAAUUCUCACCCACACGGCGGCCAUUACAAUCCCAUCAUGCAACAGCCGGCGCUGCUGGCUGGCCACGUCACCCUCCCAUCCAACCACAACCAGCCUCUCAAUGUGGGCGUGGCACAUGUGAUGAGGCAACCGUCAACCAAUAACAACAACUCUAAAAAGAACAAGCAGCAUCAGAUGACUGCCAGGAACGUGUCUGCGUACGAGGUGUCCUCCUCCCAGGCAGUACAAUCACCACAGCGCUCCAAGCGGCUGAAGGAGAACACCCCUCCACGUUGUGCUGUGCUUCAGAACAACGGCCCUUCCUCCAGCUCCAGCUGCGGACCCCCCCUGGGCUGUGGAGGGUGGGGACGGGGCGAGGCAGAGCAGGCCUCUAGCACCACCAGGGAUCACCAUCAGCACCACAACGGGCAGCGUCAGACCAUCAUCAUCCCUGAUACGCCCAGCCCUGCCGUCAGCAUCAUCACUAUCAGCAGUGACACGGACGAGGAGGAUGAUCACAAGAAUAGCAACACCAACCAUACAAGCUCAUUCAGGCAGAGGAAGAACGUCAUCAGCUGUGUCACAGUACACGACUCCCCCGACUCUGACUCAUCCAGUAACAACAGUCCCUAUGCAGUAGAGUCCAGGCAUCCCAACAACAACGGCUACCAUGACUCCAAGACCACCCUGCUGGACAACUACAGCAACGGAAACAACCUUCGCUCCAUCAUCAUCCCCCCUCUGAAGAGCCAGUCCAGCGAGGUGCUGAGCGAGUGUGAGCGCCUGAUGCCAGAUGCAAUGAAUCAUCAGAAUUCAUACAAGUUCAAAACCUCCAACGGUGCGGGCAUGGUGUCUGGCAACAACCACCUGUCAGGGGGCGUGGCUUACCGACAGCAGCGCUCUGGGCCAAACCCCUUCCAGCAGCAGCAGCCUCUCAAUCUCAGCCAGGCCCAGCAUCACAUGGUAACUGAGCGGAACGGAGGCCACCGGCACCAGCAGGCUUACAUCACCCCAACCAUCGCAGCCCAGGCCCCCUACUCCUUCCAGCACCACAACAGCCCCUCUCACACUGCCAACGUCCACACCCACCUGUCUGCCACCCACCUGGCUGCCACCCACCUGCCCGGCCAGCCCCACCUCUACACCUACACUGCCACGCCCGCAGCACUGGGCUCCACGGGCACUGUGGCCCACCUGGUGGCAACCCCGGGCUCUGCCCGCCACACGGUCCAGCACACCACAUACCACACACCGGGCAUUGUUCACCAGGUACCCGUCAGCAUGGGGCACCACGUGCUGCCCUCACCCACCCUGCACCACAGCCAGUACCAGGCUCAGUUUGCUCACCAGACGUACAUCAGCGCCUCGCCUGCCUCCACUGUCUACACUGGAUACCCACUGAGCCCCACCAAGGUGAACCAGUACCCUUACCUCUAGAGCCAAGCCAACACACUGGAGACCCAGACCCCCAGAUCCAGAUCCCAGCAAUGCUGCUGCUGCUCAAUCCAUGUCCUCCCUCCCCAUCCCCACUCCACAGACAGAGAGAUAGAGAGAGAGACAUGCAAUCUUCAUAAAACUGUCACGUUUACUUGAAGACAUAAUGACAGAGAGGAAAAAGGUAAAUAAAUAGACAGAAAGGAGAGGUGGAAUUUCUAUUGUUACUUUUCUUUUCCCCCAAAAAUCUCCAAAAGGGCCAGUUUUGCUUUGUUUUCUCUCUUGGUUAUAUUUCUACUUUCAAAUGAGAGUAAUUUCUCAUUAUUUUACAGCAAGGUCUUCAUAACGGGCCUUUGGGAGAGGUGGAGGCUUUUUGUUCUCCUAAAACAGCUUUUUGUUUGUUUUUGUUUUCCCGUCUUGAAUUGGAAAGGGACUGUUUUAACAAGGGGUCCCUCUCUGAAUGUUGGAAUUCCCAUCAUAAGAAUUCCCAAGAAUUCCUGUGAGGAUUUGGGAAUGAAGGUGAAAUACGGAAACCUGCUGCUCUUCAAAGAAUACAACAAAUAAUGAUGGCCUUGAACUGUCUUAAACAUUUCCAAAUCAUUCAAUGUGUGGGGAGAGAGAACGAAGCAUCCCUCCACAUCCCACACCCAUCCUUCUCCAACAGACAACUGGAGUCAGGAGUCUUCUGGAAAUAUAAUCAACAAAAGACACAAAAAAAAAGGUAUUUUCCCUUUGUUUUUUAGUUCUCACCUUUUUGAGGAGACUUAUGUUUUAGCUAUAGGAGUUGUAGCUGAGCCCUGUUUUUAGAAUGUAGCAGUCUGCACCCAGAUUAUUUUAUCAAUAACUUUUUCUGAUACCAAUAGAAUUGAUUUGUUCCUCUUCUUCAUUGUGAUUGCACAAAGUGGUUAUAAUAACAUAGGCAUGUACAACGUGAUUGUCUGUGUGUGCGUGUGCUACUGUCAGCCAUGUGUGUGUAGUCCACCUCUUGCACCUUUGUGCUAUAAUACUUGGAUUCCUCCGUAGUCUUAGGUUUGACCAUUGUUCCCUCGUAGUGCCUUACAGAUAUAACCACACAGUUUACGUCGCUGGAACCUUGAGAACCAACAGACUAGCUGGAACUGGUUCCUUUCUUUGACAGCUUAUUGUCGGGGCAGAUUUGAUUUCUCUUCCAGGUGUAGGCUUAGCCCCUAGCUCUGUGUCCUAUCCUUAUGACAGUAUACUACAGCCAUAAGAGGUUAGAGUUCAUAUUUAACUGACCUUUGGCUUUUUUGUAAAGUGUACAUGAGUUUAACUUGCCUGGGGUACUGAACCAAAGUCGUUAGAUCAAUCCUCUUUACAUUGUUUGCUGGAUAUAUAUUUUAAUUUGUGUACAGUAGAACUGUAAGUCACCGUGGCGCACAUACAUACAAUGGCUUUAGUUUGAGAUGUGUUACUUUUAUAUCACACAAGGGAGUGGGUGCCCAGGAAUAAUAGAACAGAGAAGUAUCAGCACAAGGAUCCAAUUAGGGGUAAUGGAAAAAGCAAAAAUACAAGAAAGUGACUGUCAAAAACAUUUAUGUGGUGAGUUCAUUUGACACAUCAAUAGUCCAGAGUUCGAGAAAAAAUAGGAAUCUGAGGUUAAACGCUAAGCCAGUAGAAAGGCCUGAUGGGAAGUGGUGGUUGCUAUGGCGGCAAUUUUCAGAAGGCCACCGAGAGAGAGCCUGGUUGUUUGCAGUAGGGAAGCAGAGUAUUGAGGACUGUUGAGAGGGGUUGCUCGGUAGGAGUAAGACCUGUGUUCAAAUACUAUUUGAAAUCUUUUAAAUAAUUCUAACGUUUGCGUUAGAAUGCCUGCAGUGCCAGAUGGGCGGCGUUUGCAGUUUUUCAACUAUUGCAUUGCGCCAGGCAAACUCAAUCAAGCCCAGCUAAAGUAUUUGAAAUUAUUUUAAAUAGUAUUUCAACCCAGGUCUGGCAGGAGUGAGUGAGUGAGUGAGUGAGUGAGUGAGUGAGUGAGUGAGUGAGUGAGUGAGUGAGUGAGUGAGUGAGUGAGUGAGUGAGUGAGUGAGUGAGUGAGUGAGUGAGUGAGUGAGUGAGAGUGCGUGCGUGCGUGCGUGCAUGGUUGAGUGAGUGGUGAGUGAGUGAGUGAGAGUGCGUGCGUGCGUGCGUGGUUGAGUGAGUGAUUGAGUGAGGGACUAGUAGAAAGCAUUUGGUUGGUCUGGGUAGGAACUGAGGAUGGCAGAGUGGUAGUGUUGCAUUCCUCAUGUAAAUGGGACUAAAAGAAUAGCAUGUUGGCAUGGAGCAGGUUGGUAGUAACAGUGACGGUGGGCAGGAGUUACAGGAGCACUGCAGGAAUGCACACCUAACUCUGAUACAAGUUGUUGUAUUGUUGUAGUGGUUUUGUAUAGAUACAUGGAAGUUAUUUAGUCAUUUCUGCCCUGAGGGUUGUGUAGCACCUCUCCACAUAGAGAGAGACGUGAACGGAACAGAAAUGCUACUGCGUACACCUGGAAGGGCUUACUAUGAAAUGGUCUUCAUUUGUUGACACUGUAUCCAUUUUUUCUUCGGAAUCAUGUGUUCACAGAUAGCAUACCACCACAAAGGGAUACCUAAUAGUAAGAGAAUCAUGUGUUCACAGAUAGCAUACCACCACAAAGGGAUACCUAAUAGUAAGAGAAUCAUGUGUUCACAGAUAGCAUACCACCACAAAGGGAUACCUAAUAGUAAGAGAAUCAUGUGUUCACAGAUAGCAUACCACCACAAAGGGAUACCUAAUAGUAAGAGAACUGAUUGGGCUAUUGCUUCUAUGUGUUUGCUGCUGAAUUUAAUAUCAGUUGUAUUUCUCGUAGCCAAUGAUAUAUGAUUACUAUGUUUGUUGUAGUGUCCUCAUGAAGUAGGCACAUCAUAAAUACUUGUGGUUUUAGUGGGAGCCUUCCCCCUUAUCCCUUCAUGUUAUGCCAUAGUACUUGCAUUUUAAGUGAUUAUUUUAUUUCUACGUUAUUAUUGAACUUUUUAAAUGUAUGUAGGUACAGUAUAAACUGUAUUGUGUUCUUUUACAGAUUGUUGCAAUAAUUCUUGUGGAUGUUUUUAUCAGUGAUUUGUUAUUAGGCUCAUUUCUAAGUUGAUGUGUAACUGGGAGUUGUACAGUGAAGUUAUGUAUUCAUAAGGAGGGGUGUAUACCUGUGUAAAGUGUUCAGGCACCGUUGCCAAUAAGACAGUUAUAAAGUUGACAAUAAUCCAUUUGGGCCCUUAUGGGUAGGUAGCUUAGACUUGAGUGUGUCAGACCAAGGUUUGCUCCCUAAACUAAACCUAAAACAACAACAUUUUGGUACUUCACCAAUAGGCCACCACAUUCCCUCCAGCUGGCUCCACCAUGGAAGCCUUGGGUUCCAGGCAGUCAAAGAUGUGAUGCGUAGCAUGUAUAUGUUGCUGGUUACAUCAUUUUCUUUCUGUUGUGUGGUGUAUCUUUGUUGGUACUUUUUUUGUUGAUUUCCAUGAGGCCUGUGGGCCUAAGAACACAGAUACGGGAGAUGCUUUUCCACAUGAGUGGUUGGCCCCUCCAUAAAGAGGCAGACUACUGAAACAUUCCACCAUCGGGAGAAUCUGGCAUCCAUACUGCACACCCUACAGUCUCCAUAGCUCUCUGAUCUGAUGACUUGUCAUUUUUGGACCUUUCUUUCUUCCCACCAAAAAAAUUCAACAUGUUGACGAUGUACAGUACAAACACAAAUAAUCCCCAUGUGGUCUGGCAAUAACUUCUGGUCCAAACAAGUACCUUUACAGCACGUUGAGUGUGCUUUGAGGGCUAUUGAUGGGUUUUAAGCAAAUGUUAGUGUGUGAGGUGUACAGAUACUACAGUAGAACGCCAGUAUGGGCACAACACACACAUACAUGAAUGAUUCAAGUUGCCAUAAUAUCUUAAGCUAUUUGACUGCCAAUUGCAGUCCACCAUUCUCAAAUAUCUAUGAUUUGAAGAAAAUCUGUUUUAGAUCUGUCACUCGUUACCCCCUAAAUGUUCCAUUACCCCCUAAUGUUCCAUUACCCCCUAAUGUUCGUUACCCCCUAAUGUUCGUUACCCCCUAAUGUUCGUUACCCCCUAAAUGUUCCAUUACCCCCUAAUGUUCUAUUACCCCCUAAUGUUCGUUACCCCCUAAUGUGUAAGUCGCUCUGGAUAAGAGCGUCUGCUAAAUGACUUAAAUGUAAAUGUAAAUGUAAUGUUCGUUACCCCCUAAUGUUCCAUUACCCCCUAAUGUUCGUUACCCCCUAAAUGUUCCAUUACGCCCUAAUGUUCGUUACCCCCUAAUGUUCAUUACCCCCUAAAUGUUCCAAUGUUGAAUCUCAAACUUCUCUCUGAAUUGUUUUACAUGUAAGUGUUUUUUACGUUGUUAAAGUUAUAUUUUAGCUUUAUUAAUGUUGUAAGCAGAUUAGUUUGUAAAAAACAAAAACAUGUUAUAAGUUAGUGCGCCAUGGAAUGACCUAUAGAGUGAAAUAAAAAACAAAAAAUACCUUUAAAAUAAUGGUCACUAGCACAAAAUGAAUAUAAUAUGUGACCUGCUUCAUCUGAAAUGCUUAUAUAUUUCUGCUUGAGUGAUCAUUCGUUUAAGUAAAGAUUUGAGUUCUACAUUGGCGCUUGCACCGCCAGGGUUGUGGGUUAGAUUCCCGGGGCCACGCAUACGUAAAAAUGUAUGACUGUAAGUUGCUUUGGAUACAAGUGUCUGCUAAAUGGCAUAUAUUAUUAUUGCAAAAAAAAAUGUUGCCGUGCAAGAUGCAAUAAGUCUGAUUCCAGCUAAAACAACUUGACUCAACAUAAAUUCAUAGAAAAAUGAAAAAUGUUUCUUCCAAUAUUGGGUUUUCAAAUAUUAUUUAUUUGAUUUUAUUAAAACAUUUUCAAGUAUAAUCUAUAUUUAGCAAUAUACGAAAAGCCCUUUUGACCCUACACUCAAUUUGGUUUCAAUGGACUUGCCAUAUUUGGAAUGAAAUAACAUUUUAAUGUGUAAAAUAUUUUAGCGUCGUACCACUUUGUUUAACAUGUUAUGUGUUUUAUGGAAAAUAUGAUUCAGAAUGUGAGCAUCGACGUAGAUCCUUACAAUUACCAAAAUGUGCUAUUCUUGUGCUAAUGAAGUUUGUUUACUUUGAACAUCAUCUCUCCCGUGCUACAGAAGCCAUUUCAAUGUUAGAAUAAUGCCUUCCAAAUAACUAAACCAUACCCUCAGAGCUUUAAGGUGUGGUUUCAAUUAAAGAGAGCUGUGUAAAGCGGUCUUUUGGUGAAGCCUGGUAUUUUUACAACUUUGUUGUUCUUGAAAUACUUGCGCUACAUAAGAAGUGUUCAGCUUCCAACUUUCCCAGAGUGUGAUUGCGAGUGCUCUUUCUGGAUCCUUGUAUGAAAUAUUGUGAAACAUUCCUAAAGGAAUGGCACACAUUGCCAGUUAGUCUUCUCAGGUCAAACCCCUCUGAAGUGACUUGAAUCAUUUUAACACCUUACCAGAAUAGAAUAAUCACACAACCUCUCUUCCCCUUCAUGAGAGCUUUGCAAAGUACACUCCCAAAGAAGCAGGGAGGUAGGAAAAGUACUUAUUAUUAUUUAUUUUACAUGCAUCACUGAAACUCUGUAACCCAGUAAUAAGACAUUUUAAAGCCCUUCUGUAUGAGUAUUGAUGUGUCUGUGUUUGUAUGUUUGUCACCCCCUGCAUUAGGUUUUUUCUUUGGGGAUUCAGGCCGCAGCGGUCAAGGGUUUGAUGCCCCCAUUAAUGGAAUACGUCAAGUGUUGUCAUUUGGACAGUUUUUUUAAACAUGUACUUAAGAACCAACAUGUCAUAUUUUCUACCCUCUUGCUAAAGACAUGCUAGAAGUCUCAUUUUCCUAUUAUGGACACAUUUUGAAACAAUUUGGUUUAGAAAAUGUAUUGUUUAGCUAUUUCUUGCCAGCUCAAACCGCAAAUGAGCAUUGUACUAAUGUCCUUGAGCGGAUAGGUUAUUGCCUAAUGAAUUCCCAUUGAUAAAUCCCAAUAAAACCUUGUUUCUCCAUAGAUGACAGAGGGACAAGGGAUGAGAUAUAACAGUAAACUGCUGUAACUGUCAUACUGUACUGUAGUCAUUUUGCAGUAAUAUUGAUCCUGAUUUUGGUUUUGUACUUGAACAACUGCAUUCACAAUGAAAUGGGUUAAAAACAAUGAUAUUUUUUGUACAAAGUAUCAAAACCUAAGUUAGCAUCAAACCCUGUCCUUGUUGUGUGUCCAUUGCUGUAUGUUUUUUCAAUGGUGUUGAAAUAUCACUGUUGUUCAGGCUAUUAUGUGCUGCAGUAUUUCCUAGUAUACUUCUUUGUUAAUUGUCUCUCUCAUUGACAUUUAUUGGGGAUUUUUUUAAGUGUGUUUGUUGUCUCCUUAAUAUCUGUUGAUAUAGCUUUAUAUGUACCAUAUUCCUUAGAAUAAUAUUAUUGACUAUGUUGUGAGAAUGGAUAUUUUACUGGCUUUAUAGAAUGUUUAAAGAAAUAUAAUAAUGAGAAUAAGAAGAAUGAUUCAUUGAACUCCUAACAAGUUGAGUACUUGGCUACUAAGCGCUUGUGUUACCAUUAAGAUGUUGUGUGCUUCUCUUAAUCAUUUUCGUUGUAGAAAAAUUGAGUGAAUUUAAAAUAGGCUUCAAAAAAACAAAUGAUAACAUUGUACAUUUACAGGAGGAUUUUAAUUGACAACUUGGUCAUAGAAGAAAAAUACUUAUUUUAAUUGCCCUCUUUACUAACUGUAGGGUGAAGGGGCUGGCAUUGUGGUGAACUAUGUUCUAGCUUGUUAUUCACUGUUACUUUUGAUCAUUUCUUCGGUCUCCGAGGUGAAUCGAGUUAUUCAUGAGAAUUUGUAUGCUCACAUAUGCAUAUUGUAUAUGUGUAGAAAUGUAAUCACACUUUGUCUUGGAUUUACAUUAAACUGUUAAGUCACGGCACCAGUC